AUGCCACCAAGCCUAGCUACAUCGUUUUUCGUGUUGUCAGAGUGGCUUGUAAGAAGUUACGUCCUACUGUAUCAGCGGCUUUAUCGCCAUGACCUUUUCCUUCAAUUAAACACUGACCGGAUGUAUUUCAGCAAUUUCUCCCGAGUCUCUUUUGGAACCGCCAGAGAAGACGUCAAAACGACAAAUACAGUCAGUCUUCUUGACCAAAUUCAUGUUCUGGAGCUCUUCUUUUCUCAUAGCUGUCUAGCUUCCUACCUCCCUUCCACUUCCUGUCGUCAAGUCUAUUCCUCCUCCCCUUCCUCAUUUGUCCCCACAUUUGCUCCAACACACUCAAACUCCAAUGGUUUAAGGCAACAUGAUCACCUUCCUCGCCUGGUUCCCAGCUUCCCUUCAGGGUACGUGCCAACAUCUUUUGCCAGCUUAUGCUUCACUACUCUCAACAGUCCGCGUCGUAUCCAACCGGUCAGGUAUAUCCACUUGGUGUCAGCCAUAGCACCCGCCAUACCUGGUCAGCUAUUCGCAUGA